AUGACUAUAUGUAUAUCUCAAUACGGUGACUAUCGUGAAUCAAUUACUACUUCGGUGAAUCGCCUGGAAAGCCUAGACACGUUGCUGAAUGCAAUCGAUCAAGAAUACUUCAAACGGAACUUGAAUGUUCCUUCCGAUAUCUCUGAGGCUACCUCACUGGAUGAAUGUGGUGGCGAAGCAGCACCAACAAAAGGACCAACCCUGCAUCGUGUAUUCGUUCGCAACCGUGUCCGUAAAAUUCGUGAACUCACGACCGACGUCACUAUCCGCUACGUUCCAACAACGGAAAACCCACCGGAUAUCGGCUGCCGCGGUACAUCUGUCACAGAACUACAAAAUUUGGCUCACUGGUGGAACGGACCUACCUUUUUAACAGAGGAUGAAACAACUUGGCCUCGAAGCUCAGAUCAAGAAACUUCAGUUGAAAUCCUUCGCUUCAAGAAAGCGAAAAACAAACUUUCAUCUCAUCAGUAG